CUCGUAAGGUGAAGUGCCCGUGCGUCAACCUUCUGGCGUCUUCUCCUCUCAGCCGCGGGAGUGAGGGUAGCUACCUGCGUAGCAGACAGGGAAAUAAGGAGAAAAAAACUGAGUUAAACUGUGGAAAGAGGAGAAGAAAGCCAGCGCUCUCACUCACUGGAAGUCCGGAGCCGAGUGACUACAGGAAGGAAACAAGUCGCGUCGGUAAGACGAGUUUGUUUAUCUGGAGAAAAAAAAAUUGUUAGCGCUAACCGCGUCGUCCAUGCUAACGCUAGCUCUGUGUCUAACAGGCUGACCUUUCAUCUUAGAGCCUCUGCAGCUCCGAUAUCAGCUUUUAAAUGCAGAUUAAAGGUGAUAAACACGUCUCUCUAGCUGCUCUGAUGCUAUUUCUCUGUAUGCUGAAAGAAAGCAGUGGUGACAUUAAAGGUUAUGACAGUGAACUGAAGUGAAUAAUGGUGCAAUGUUUUGAUCAUGUGUGUAUUUUGUCUAUUGUUUUAUGCUGAUGUGUCAAUGUAAAAUGGAGGUUUUGUUUAUUUUCCUAAGGCCAAUUUAAAAUAAAAGAAAGUAAAUUGAUGAAGCAGAUGAUGAGAGUAAAAUGAUAUGUUAUAUAGCAAUAUGUAAACUACUGAAGGAAUUAUUUUCAUUUCAACAGUGAGUUUGACACCCUGUUGAGAGAUGAAUGUUGCCGACUGCUUGCUUCCCGAGUUAUACCAACUUUAGUAACGACUACACGAUAAAUACAGAGAGAGACACACGCUCAACCAAAACGCCACUCGAUGCAACAUAUUGAUUUUUAAACCUUCAAUGAUGCAUCUGAGAAUAGAAUGUAAAUUAUAUGAUCUUGUGUGUUGGUCAGGUUUUUGGCGAGGACAAGGAAAAUCCAAGGACCAGGACGAAAUUCCAGUCGUGACAGAUGGCGAGCUAACCACUUUGAGGAAGAAUUAGCGCGAAGGAGAUACAAACAUUCACACUACAAUCCAUGGACCUUUAAAAUCAGGUGCACCUGCAACAACAAACACUAUUACUUAAGUGUGCACACCAUACGCUUUUAUUUCUGGUAAUUUGGGGUUGUUCGUGUAUGUUUUGUACAAGUUGAUCGUGUCUUCUCAUUGACUGUAAAAAUACAAGAGUGGCUACUCAACAGUUA